GCCCCUUUUUGGAAGAGGAGGUCCCGUAUCUCAAUCAACGUGCGCGGCCAGGGACCCCUUUAUCUCUACAAGGCAGGGAGGCGUAUCCUUUUCCCCUCUGCACUCCCCUUCACAUACCAGCCUGACUCUCUCUCUCACCCCUGCCGUAACCAAACCGCAACCUGCUUCAGACGACGCCCUGUUGCCCAUGAGAUAGUCACUAAAAGACCGGAGCCAAGUCCGGCGUGCGUCUUUUUCGCUCGAGAGGAAGCCAUUGGGGCCUUAUUAGCGUCGGGCUGUGCGCGCAAGCUGCCAGCGGCAUCACCUCGGCAAUAACAGAAGGGGUGCCAAGCGAAGAAGGGAAGGAGGAGGAGGAGGAGGAGAGGGAGGUGGUGUUAAGAGUAUUCUGAAUUUACGUGUAGAAAUAAACAACACGACACUUUGUUUGGAAGGCGUGGGCAGCGGGACGCAAAAGGGAUUUGCAGCAGAGAUGGCUGAGGUGUCACAAGAGGAGAGACUCCAGGCCAUCGCUGAGAAAAGGAAGAAGCAGACAGAGAUUGAAAAUAAAAGGAGGCAGCUGGAUGAUGAUCGACGACAACUUCAGCAUCUUAAGUCAAAGGCACUGAGGGAGCGCUGGUUGUUAGAUGGAGCUCCAGCUGAAGAGGAAACACAGAAGCGCCUGCAGGACGAUGAGAUGAAGACCAAACUUCUGGAGCAGGUCAUCCUCAGGCUGGAGCAAGAAAUUGAAGAACUCGAGACCGGCAUCCCAGCCAAUAAAGGUGUUGCCAAAGAAAAUGGAGGUGAGAAUGGAGUAGUGCAGACUUCUGGUCAGACCCCCAAGAGAGAGGUGACAGGGAUAGAAGCCAAACUGCUGGGCCCUAACCCUGACCAAGCCAGUGCAGACAACCCAGUUACUCUGGUUUUCAUGGGCUACAAGACCGUUGAGGAUGAGAAGGAAACCAGCACGGCUUUGAGUAUGGAAGGGGUGGACGGCAACGUCAAGGCUGAGUUUGUUGUGAUUGAGGAUGGGGAGGGGAAAGUGGGAGGAGAGGCAGCCACGGAAGACCAGGCUCCCCCCAAUGGUAGCAUGGCAGAGAAAGAGAAGGCCAAUGGAGAGGAGGGAGACAAGGAAAAGGAGAAGAAACAGACCUGCAAAUGCUGCACGGUCAUGUGAGCGGUGUGUGUUUUUCUGUAUGUGUGACUGGAUAUGUAUGGUUGAGUACACACCUGCACUCGUGCAGCUCUGUGUGCCAUUGCAUGAGUCUGUAUUUGCAGGUGUCUGUAACUUUGUGUUUAUGGGGAAGUGUGUUCCAGGACUUUAAAAAACAAGAACAGCAGUAGAGUUAACCAAUAUACCAACGAGAGCCAAAACAAGCUCCAGCAACAAGAAUCACAAAGACUUAUAAGUACACUUUACUACAUAUACUUUCUCUGACAUGUAUUUGACUUUUGAUUUCUAUUGAUAUUUUUCUAUUUUUCUGUCUUGACAUUUAUAUUGUAUUCAGUAUGUAUAUCUUUAUUAUGGGACUGUGUACUGUAUGUUCAUUGUUAUUAUUGUUGAAAAUAAGAAAAUGCAUUAGCUCUCUGGAUUGUACUGCUACCCAGUGGGGAAAAUCUGGAAAAUUUAAAUCACUUAAAUCAAAACAGCAAACUAUGAAGGACAGAGAUACUUAUAUAUAUACACACACACAUAUAUAUAUAUACAUAUAUAUAUAUAUAUAUGUAUAUAUAUAUAUAUAAUGUGUGAGUGUGUGUGUGUGUGUAGGCCUACCAACUAUUUAUCAGUCAAUUUCAUAUUGCAAUAUUGUCUAAGAUAUUAUUUUGAAUAGUAUUUUAAUAUAUUGAUAUGAAAUUAUGUUUUAUACAAUGUAUUUAUUGUUUUUGGUUCUCUAUAUCAUCUCCAGACAUUAACUGCAUGUUAAGCUUGUAAGCACUACAAGAUUCACGUUACACUCAUACAAAGUGUCUGUGCUUUCGUAGAUUCAUAUGUGCUCAUAUCUUAAGUCACACAAGUCUUUCUGUCAGUAACAGUGAAUAUAAUUGCAGUGUUAGAGGAAUGUGUUAUGUUUAAAAAGAAAUCUACAUCAAAGAGGCGAAUAACAUCACUGACCAUGUUGCAAAUCAAAUUAGCUGAAUAUUAGAUGCUGUGUGUGGCACAUGUACAUGAAGAUCACAGCUUUUGUGUUUUUGAAAGAGAUGCUUACACUUUAUGAUGUUUAGAUUCUUGAUACCAUUACACUAUUACUGGAAAAAGUAAGUAAGUAUUUCUGUUCUCUCAACAGUGGAAUUGAUGUAAAUCUUAUUGAGGUAGCACUGCAUGACGCCUUGCAGCUUUUUCGACUCAUCACUUGUUAGCUCUUUAUGAUAUGCGAUCACGUUCACAUGAAUGUAAAAAUCCAGGGGUUAAAUUGGGAUUUAUUCCAUCUUAAUAAGAAGAGACUUGGUUUGCUCAGCCCUCCCUACCCCUUUAACCCCCCCCCCCCCCCCCCCCCCAAAAAGGAAAAGAAAAAAGAAUGACAUUUUUGUCUUUUUAUGAACCAAAUAAAAUUUAACUAUACUAUAAUUUCACUGUGUGUUGUUCAGCUGUUGGUUUCUGUCCUGCUCGCUCCCAGUUUAACCCCUGAUUGUCUGUGUGUAAACCUGGGUCCAGACACACUUGAAUAAAUUUUCAAAAAAAAAAAAAGAAAAGGGAGGAAUUUGAACAGAUUUCUCAAAUCUAAAAAAAGAAAAUAAC